AUGUCUCCGGCAGCAGUUACCAGCGGAAUCGGCAUUGCCAACUUGCCCAACCAGAGGCACAAAAUCGUUGCCAAACAAGGCGCACACUUUACUGUGAUGGUUGUUGGCGAGAGUGGAUUGGGCAAAUCGACACUUAUUAACACUCUCUUUGCGACCGAGCUUUCCCCAUUAAAGGACUACCGUCGCCGUCAUCUCAAGCAACUUGAUAAGCUUACAGAGGUUGAGAUUAUCAAAGCCGAGCUGGAGGAGAAGUCAUUCAAGGUCAAGCUGACUGUAAUCGACACGCCUGGCUUCGGUGACUAUGUCAACAACCGUGACUCGUGGACUCCAAUUAUCGACUUUGUCGAUGACCAGCACGAGAUCUACAUGCGUCAGGAGCAACAGCCCCAGCGCGACCAAAAGACAGACAUGCGCGUUCAUGCGUGUCUCUAUUUUAUCCGCCCCACUGGUCACACGCUUAAGCCACUCGAUAUUGAGAUCAUGAAGCGCCUUGGGACCCGUGUCAACUUGAUCCCUGUGAUUGCCAAGGCUGACACGCUCACCCAGAACGACUUGGCCGUAUUCAAACAGCGCAUCCGUGAAGUUGUUGCCGCUCAAGGAAUUCGUGUCUACCAACCCCCUAUUGAGCCUGAUGAUCAGGCCAGUGCCGAGCAGGCCCGUAUUCUCAUGAACGCUAUGCCUUUCUCCAUUAUUGGCUCCACUACCGACGUACAAACCCCCGACGGCCGUGUCGUCAAGGGCCGUGAAUACCUCUGGGGAGUUGCUGAGGUCGAAAAUGAGGAACACUGCGACUUCAAAAAACUCCGUUCGCUCCUCAUCCGUACCCACAUGCUCGAUCUUAUCAACACGACCGAGGAACUUCACUACGAGAACUACCGUCAACAACAGAUGGAGACCCGCAAAUUCGGCGAGCCCAAGGUUAAGAAACUUGAUAAUCCUAAGUUCAAGGAAGAAGAGGAAGGAUUGCGCAAGCGCUUUACCGAGCAGGUCAAGGCCGAGGAAGCCAGGUUCAGACAAUGGGAACAGCAUCUCAUCGCCGAGCGCGACCGUCUCAACAAAGACCUCGAGCAAGCUCACAGCGCAAUCAAAUCGCUGGAAGCCGAGCUCGACAACCUCCAGGUUGGGUAUGGACGUGGUACUCAACGUCGUUAA